ACACAUGCACACGCACAUACAGAGUCACACUCACACACCAAUAAAAUGUGAUAUCAAUCUUAAUUGAGUCACUACAAAACCAACCAUAAAACUCAUGAGAUUCCUCUCUAGUCUCUACUUGAAAUAAUUAACAAGGUCUUAUAUAUGGAGCACAUUAAUGGGUACUACAGGACUCCCUUACUAUCCAACAAUGAUGAUGAACAAACUGCAUAUAAUAUGGAUAAUCUGAACUUGAAAGAGUUAUCCAAGUAUCCGCUACCACUCGGGUUAAAACUCACAUUGACUCCUGAGAUGCUGCCAUUAACAAAUCCUGCUACUAAAGUUGAGAAGUUGAAGGCUGUUCAUUUUCCAAUGUAUAUCCUCAACAUCGGAUUUUUCAAGAAUGAGGCUAAAUAUCCCACAGAUUUGGUAGCCAAGUUUUAUUAUGCUAAACGAAAAUUGGUGUGGGAGAUAUUACGUGAUGGUUUAAAGGAAAAGAUUGAAAUACUGUGGCAAAAUAUUUCAGCCAUCCGAGCUGUUAUAGAGGACAACUUACCGGGUAUUCUAGAAAUUGAGCUAGACAAAGUGCCAUCUUUCUUUCGCGAGAUUGAACCAAAGCCCGGAAAGCAUACUGUGUGGACUUUAUCUCAUGACUUCACUCAUGGUCAAGCUUCCAAAUACAGGAGGCACUAUCUUCAAUUCCCUCCUGGAGUUCUUGACCGAUACUAUAUAAAGCUCUUGCAAUGCGAUAAUCGAUUGUUGGAAUUGAGCCAGAGACCCUUUCCUAGGUCGCAUGCUAUUUAUUUUGAUUCAUAUUUUGAUAAGAGGACAACACAACUUGUUUUCUGUCAGGAUUCAACAAACACCUCGGUUAUGGAUCAACAAGUUCAACUACUAGGGCCAUUGCCUCUAAUUGAUCAUUAUAACAACCUAACUUCACAAACAUUAGAUGAGGCAAUCAACAAUCAAAUGCGUCAAGAUCCAAUGAUGUCUACUUCUUGGAGUCAAGGUUUUCAUUAUGACACUUUACUUUCAAUGGAGUCUGUGCCACACGCAAAUUGCAUACAAGCACAACAAAGUGGACAAGAAGGGUUAAAAUAUGAACAUCCUAGCGACUUUAAUAACAUGUUGCUUAGAGGCUACCAUAUCCCAGAAAUUGAAUUCAACAGAACAUAUAUGAGGGAUAAUGGCAAUGUUGUUUGCGCAAAUGUUGGUCAGUCAAUUGAUGCGAGUUCUGUUUACAACACCAAUACAAGCACACAAAUUGAUUGGUCUAUGUUAUAACUUGAUUACUCCCUCUGUCUCAUAUUUUCGUUUUUGGUUUUUUCACGUAGAUUAAGAAAAAUAGUGAAUAAUAAAUGAGUGUUACACUUUUGAGCUGUUAGAAUGAAAGUCUAUCUUGAUGCUAGUGAUAUGUGGCAAGCUGUUAAACAAGAGUAUGAAGUCUGAUACCUGUCCUUGAAUCUGCCCUCACAUACAAGUGUUGAUGUCCAUUGUUAUUCAGCCCGAGACCCUGAAUGUGCACCUUCUAAGAAGCCGCAUAGAUCUUGGCCCUUUCCAAGGAAUUUGCUGGCUGCCUCCUCAUUUAGGGCGGGUGAAGUUGAAUACAUAUGGAGCUCUAAGGGUGUCAGACAACUUAGCAGUUUGUGGGGGCAUCUUAAGAAGAGGCCACUUUGGAACCUUUACUUUUGCCUAUACAAGAAUAUUGGUCUCUGUUCUGUUGUGAAAGCAUAGCUGUGAGCUUGGUCUUCAGAUAGCAUGGCAAAUAUGAUUCAAUAGAAUUUUCUGUGGAAUUUGACUCUAGUGACUAUACAGCUAAUCAAGGACGGCUGUUUUUCAGUUCACAUCCUUCCUACUCAUCAAGCAGUUGCACAUAUUUUUCCAUUUAGAAGAAAGCAUCAGCUGGAAGCAUAUUUUCCGUAUAGCAAAUCAAAGAUUGUAAUCAAUGUUAGUAAAGAAAAGACAAUAGUUGAGAAAUAACAGUGAGACUGCGAGAAGAGAAAAUUCAAGUAUUAAA